ACUGACCGUUCUCAUUGUUCUAACAACAAUGAAAUGGCAUCGGUGCAACCUCGUCCGCAGAGGUGGACGUGGUUUUGUGCGCGUGUCAAGGUGGUCCAAAAAGGUGGGGCCUCCUUCCUGACCCUUGGUGAGAGGAGGGGAAGAAAAGGUUUUCUAUCAGUUUUUCCAUCCCAGUCCUGGCAAAGUGGAAGAAGAGAGGAAAGCGGGUGGUUAUUCCUGCUCCUGCAUCAUCUGGGAAAAAGAAAAAACCUGUUGUUUUUAUGUUUCAGGUGCAAAGAUGGCUUGAAAGGAUUUACAUACUCUGCACUAAAGUAAUUAUUUAUAUACUUAUUGUUUUGCUCUGUAGGGAAAGAAGAAAUCCCCACUCAUUCAUUUUCACCUGAAGCAGCAUUUGCAAAAAUAGAUAGACAGAUAAAGCGUUGUGAAAAAAAAUCACAGACAGCAAACAUACUGGCUCUAACAAAAAAGCUUAUGGACAAAGUGUGCAAACAUGGCCCAAGGCAUAGAUGCUGUAAACACUACGGAGAUAAUUGCAUCUCAUACUGUAUUAAAGGCUUCAUUAGGAUGUUUAGCAUUGGUUACCUGAUCCAAUGUUGCCUUCGGAUUCCAUCCACCUUCCGGCAUCUGUUUACAGAACCAUCCCGGCUGCUUUCCCUCUUCUACAACAAGGAAAAUUUCCAGCUUGGAGCUUUUCUGGGAUCUUUCGUCAGUAUAUACAAAGGUACUAGUUGCUUCCUGCGUUGGGUACGAAACCUAGAUGAUGAGCUUCAUGCACUUGUAGCUGGGUGUCUAGCAGGAAUUUCUAUGAUGUUUUACAAAAGUACUACUAUCUCUAUGUACCUGGUGUCCAAAUUGGUAGAGACUAUAUACUUCAAAGGCAUUGAAGCGGGGAAGGUUCCCUAUUUUCCUCAUGCAGACAGCAUCAUCUAUGCCAUUUCUACAUCAAUAUGCUUUCAGGCAGCUGUAAUGGAAGUUCAGAACCUGAGACCUUCGUACUGGAAAUUUCUUUUACGGCUAACAAAGGGCAG